AUGGGUCUAACCAUCUCCAGCUUGCUGGGCCGUCUCUUCGGCAACAAGGCUGUGCGAAUCCUGAUGGUUGGGCUCGACGCUGCCGGUAAAACAACGAUCCUUUACAAACUGAAGCUGGGAGAGAUUGUGACGACCAUUCCCACCAUUGGCUUUAACGUCGAGACCGUCGACUACAAGAACAUCUCGUUCACAGUUUGGGAUGUCGGAGGACAAGAUAAGAUCCGACCAUUGUGGAGAUAUUACUUCCAGAACACGCAAGGUAGGGGUUUUGUUUGUUUUUGUUGUUAUUGGUUUAGGACUGAGAAGAAAUUCAAACGCCACAACAAAUUUUCGUCAGGAAGUUAUCCAUGAUAAAGAGGUCUUAAUUUUUUGCUUUUCUGCUUAUGAUCUUGAUAUGAUUAGCAGUGAGAAAGCGCAAGAGAGCUAUUCGAAAGCAUUAUUCGUCCAAAAUUAGAUUGUUUUGUUUAUUCUUAUAUUCAUGAUGAGGAUCACACUUUUUCGUCAAAAUUACACUGAAUUGAUAAAAUUCUACCUUUAUUAGCAGUACACCCCUAUUUCCUUUCUAUUUGGCAAUCCACCUCCUCAAAAUUUAUCUGGUUAAUAUCAAAAAUUGAUUCAUCCUUUUAGGUCUAAUCUUCGUUGUGGACAGUAACGACAGAGAGCGUGUGGAAGAGGCCAGAGAUGAAUUGGCCCGAAUGUUGAAUGAAGACGAGCUCAGAGACGCUGUUCUCCUUAUUUUCGCUAACAAACAAGUAAGAUUUUGAACAUUUUUGGAUUGAUUUUUAGGUCAGUGGUCCUAGUGAAAUAUAAUUCCAUGUUCGCUAUGAAAUAGGGAUAAUGGAUGGUUAUAACAAUGUGCAAAGGUCUUCAUUAACCUUCAAAUUUGUUCUAGGAUUUGCCAAAUGCCAUGUCAGCGGCCGAAAUCACCGACAAACUUGGUCUGCAUAACCUGCGCAACCGCAAUUGGUACAUCCAAGCCACAUGUGCCACCACCGGCGACGGACUCUACGAAGGCCUGGACUGGCUCUCCAACCAACUGAAGUCCCGCACCGGCUAA